AUGUCUGACUCGUGGUUCAGCGCCGUUGACCGACGCGGUGCGACGCGCAAAGUGCCCAUGCAACCUGCUAAUCGUCGUUUAGCUUUGCGCAUUGCGCUGGAGACCCUCGGCUACCGCGAGACCAACCAUGGCUUCGCGGUGUGGUCGAACUUGAGCGAAAUCGAGAUGUGGACGGAGGCGAUCAACGCCAAGUUUUUUGGAAAGGGAAAGGGGUAUGGCAAGGAGGAAUGGGACGCGCUAUUGGGACACUGUAUGGCCGUGACAGAUGCGCCCCAUAUUCUCUUUGCUGCCGAGCUGAUUGAAGCCUACCCAAAGGCCAAGGUCAUUCUGACGACGCGGAACCCAGACUCAUGGUGGAGGUCCUUCAAUUCAACCAUCCUGGUUGCUGUGGCAUCUCCCAUUGGCGCGCUCAACGCAUGGCUCGAGCCCACAACCGCUGGCACCUUUGUCGGAUUCUGGAAGCUGGUCUUUCUUGCCCUGCUCAGGACCACUGAUGUCACGGAGGAGCUGGCGAAGAAGCGGUAUCUCGAGUAUUACGACGAAGUCCGGGCGUUGGUGCCAAAAGAGCGCUUGUUGGAGUACCGGGUGGGCGAGUCUGGGGGCUGGGAUCGGCUGUGUGCCUUCCUUGACAAGGAAAAGCCGGAAGCUCCAUUUCCCAGGGUCAACGAUGCAAGAACGUUCAAUGAACACAUGCUCGGUCGGGUGGUCUCGAUCUGGAAACGCGCUGCGAAGAAAUACCUGCCUCCGAUUGUUGUGGUGUGUUUCUUGGUGUUUGUCGCCAAGUCGUGGUGA